ACCUGGUACUGUCCCCAUCAUUGAUUUCAAGGUUAAUAUUCAAGGAGAAUAGAUACUGUGGUCUAACAGAGUACCCAAGAUUGAGGUUGAGACUCAUGAAGUAGGUUCUCCUGAUGUCGUGGUCCCUACUCUUGAUACAGUGAGGCACGAGAGUCUCCUUUAUACAUGGCUGGGGGAGCAUUAGUUGAUGGUACUGUGUGGUCCACCUGGCUCUGGUAAAACCAUGACACUCUUCUUUGCUCUUCAUGCUCUACCUGAUUUUGAAGUUGUUGGUCUUAAUUUCUCCUCAGCCACUACCCCCGAGCUAUUAUUAAAGAUGUUUGAUCAUUACUGUGAGUAUAAGAGGACUCCCAAUGGAGUUGUGAUGGCUCCUGCUCAACUCAGAAAGAGGCUGGUUCUUUUCUGUGACAAGAUUAACCUUCCAGACCUAAUUAACAAAUAUGGUACACAGAGAGUAAUAUCGUUCUUAUGUCAGGUUGUCGAGCACGGUGGAUUUUACAGUACCUCUGACCACACAUAGGUAACAAUAGAGAGGAUACAGUUUGUAGGAGCAUGUAACCCACUGACUGACCCAGGGAGGAAACCACUGUCACACAGGAUUAUCUACCAGUAGAUCAGGAAGAAUUACGUGAUUAUGUACAGGCCAGAUUAAAGGUUUUCUAUGAGGAAGAGCUAGACGUUCUUCUUGUUCCCUUU